AUGACAAACAGGCUAGAAGGCAAGGUUGCUGUAAUAACUGGUGGCGCCAGUGGCAUAGGGGAAACCACUGCUAGGCUUUUCGUCCAGCAAGGUGCUAAGGUCAUUAUUGCUGAUGUCCAGGAUGAACUCGGCCAAGCAGUGUGCAAUAACAUAGGAUCUCCAGAAGUCAUUUCCUAUGUCCACUGCGAUGUAUCUAAUGACACCGAUGUCCAAAAUGCAGUAGACAUGGCAGUUUCCAAGUACGGUAAACUAGACAUAAUGUUUGGCAAUGCAGGUACCGGAGGUAAGAUGAUCCCAACAAUUUUGGAUAUUGAGUACGAAGACUUCAAGAGGGUUUUUGAUGUUAAUGUUUUUGGCAUGUUUUCAUGCGCCAAACACGCUGCAAGGGUAAUGAUUCCGUCCAAGAAAGGGAGCAUUAUCUUUACUUCAAGUGUUGCUUCUGUGACUUUUGGGGAUGUUCCUCAUGCUUAUGUAGUAUCCAAGACUGCAGUAGUAGGUCUUACAAAGAAUCUGUGCAUUGAAUUGGGGAAGCAUGGAAUUAGAGUCAAUUGCAUUUCUCCUUAUGGUGUUGCUACACCAAUGCUGAUGAGUGCGCUCAAAAUCCCAGAAAAGGAGAAGGUGGAGGAAUUUGUGCAUGAAAUAGCAAAUUUGAAAGGGCCAACCUCAGAGACAACUGAUGUGGCUGAGGCUGUGCUGUUCCUGGCCAGUGAUGAAUCGAAGUAUGUAAGCGGGCAGAAUCUAGUAGUCGAUGGGGGUUACAGCCUUACUAAUAUUGCUCUGAGUGAAGGACUCAAGAAACUCUCUUCUUGA